AUGGAGCCUCGGAUUCCCCACAACAUCACCGUUGUCCCCAACUCUAUGAUGGUCCAGCCCUUGCUGGACAGUCGGAUCCCCUAUGGGCGGCUGCAGCAUCCGCUCACCAUCCUGCCGAUUGACCAGAUGAAGACAACUCACAUAGAGAACGAUUACACCGACAACCCCACCGCUUCCCAGCUGGCAGCCCAGAAGCGUCCCCGAGGCCCCCAUGAACUGGUCUCGACCAACCAGCACCUGCAGCGCUGUGAGCAGGAUGUCACCCACCCCUGGAUUUCCUUCAGCGGGCGCCCCAGCUCCAUCAGCAGCAGCAGCAGCACAUCUUCAGACCAAAGGCUCUUGGACCACAUGGCCCCGGUGCCCGUGGCGGAGCAGUCCUCCCCCAGAGCGGUUGGCAUUCACAAAGCGGUUCGCAUUCAGCCCAAGGUGAUUAACUGCAAACCCCUGGACCUGAAGGGACCUGUGUCUCAGGAACUGGACAAGCACUUUCUACUGUGCGAAGCCUGUGGGAAAUGCAAGUGUAAGGAGUGCGCGCUACCCCGGACUCUGCCUUCGUGCUGGGUGUGCAACCAAGAGUGCCUCUGCUCGGCACAGAACCUGGUCAACUACUCCACCUGCAUGUGUCUCGUCAAGGGCAUCUUCUACCACUGCACCAACGAGGAUGACGAGGGCACGUGCGCCGACCACCCCUGCUCCUGCUCCCACUCAAACUGCUGUGCUCGCUGGUCCUUCAUGAGCGCUCUCUCCCUGGUGCUCCCUUGCUUGCUCUGCUACCUGCCAGCCACCGGCUGUGUCAAGCUGUCCCAGAGAUGCUACGACCAAGUGAGCCGGCCCGGAUGCAGAUGCAAAAACACAAACAGUGUCAUUUGCAAGGCAUUGCCGGAGAGCAAAGGAAGCAGGCCAGAAAAGCCCUUUUGA